UGAGGCCCCGCCCCCGGCCGCUGUAGUGGUGUCUCUCGAGCAGUGUAUGGCUGCACGGUGACUGCUGGCCGGACUAUAGGACACAUUAUCCUCCCCCCCUCCCCGGUAGUGGGGGUCACUGAGAAGGAUCGCUGCCUCCCGGGUCCCAGCCGCUCUCCCCGCAGCCCCCGCAGGCGGUAAGUCAGCUGUCAGGACCGAGCUGAGUCCGAGCCCCCCGAGCUGCCGCACUCUCCGCCCGGUAAUCCCCCCGGACAUGUCCGGCGGCGGGCCCCACUGAGCCCCCAGCACAGCCCCCGGAACCCGCGGCGAGCAGGGAGAGCAGGGAGCCGAGGCAAGGGGCCAACAAAAUGGCGGACAGGCUGCGACUCCUGGCCGGCUGAGAGCUCGCUCACCCCGAACCGGAACCGCCCGCCGCGAGCAGCCCGGGGCCCGAUCACAGCCACCUCGGCAGGACCGGAAACCAUCCCGAGAGGCGGAGACACGGUGACUUCCUGGAAAGAUGUCUGAACACUGGUCUUAACUUGACUAUAUUUUGAGAAUUUUGUUGCUCAUAAUGUCUAGUUCAGGAUAUCCUCCUAAUCAAGGAGCUUUCAACACCGAGCAGAGCCGCUACUCCUCCCAUCCAGUGCAGUACACCUUCUCCAGCGGCAGACACCAGCAGGAGUUUUCUGUUCCUGAAUAUCGGUCUUCCCAUUUGGAGGCUACACAAAUCUUGCAGCAGCAGCAGCUUAGAAGGCGACCUUCUUUGUUAUCCGAAUUUCAUCCCGGCUCAGACAGGUAUCUUGUGCCUCAAGACAGGAGGUCGGGCUAUGAGCAGCAGUACCAUUCCAUUCAGCAAAAUGAGCAUGACUCCCUGGAUUCUAAGCGACCCCGGCUAGAGCAAGUAUCAGAAUCUCACUACAGAGUUAAUGCUGCUACUGUGGUGCCUUUGGUUUCAACUAUCCAAGAGGGUCUUCGGCCUCAAGGAGAUGUUAAAAAGGAACAGGGUUUAUCUGGCAAACAUGAGGUUCCUACCUCACCCAUCUCUGGGCAGCCCAGUGAUGACCAGGAUGCAUCACCUUCAAAACUUUCAAAGGAGGAGUUGAUACAAAGCAUGGACCGUGUGGAUCGUGAAAUCGCUAAAGUUGAACAACAGAUCCUAAAGCUGAAGAAAAAACAGCAACAGCUUGAAGAAGAAGCGGCCAAACCACCGGAGCCUGAGAAGCCUGUCUCCCCUCCACCUGUGGAACAGAAACAUCGCAGUAUAGUCCAAAUUAUUUAUGAUGAAAAUCGGAAAAAAGCAGAAGAAGCUCAUAAGAUCCUGGAAGGCUUGGGCCCAAAAGUAGAGCUGCCACUUUAUAACCAGCCCUCAGACACAAAGGUUUAUCAUGAAAACAUCAAAACAAACCAGGUGAUGAGGAAGAAACUCAUCCUGUUUUUUAAGAGAAGAAAUCAUGCAAGAAAACAAAGGGAACAGAAUAUUUGUCAACGUUAUGAUCAGUUGAUGGAGGCUUGGGAGAAGAAGGUAGACCGGAUAGAAAAUAAUCCACGGCGGAAAGCAAAGGAGAGCAAGACCAGAGAAUAUUAUGAGAAGCAGUUUCCUGAAAUCCGGAAGCAGCGAGAGCAGCAAGAACGAUUUCAAAGAGUCGGUCAGAGAGGAGCUGGUCUUUCAGCAACUAUUGCAAGGAGCGAGCAUGAAAUCUCUGAAAUCAUUGAUGGCCUUUCUGAACAGGAGAACAAUGAAAAGCAAAUGCGCCAACUCUCUGUCAUUCCUCCCAUGAUGUUUGAUUCUGAGCAAAGGAGAGUGAAAUUUAUUAAUAUGAAUGGGUUGAUGGAGGAUCCUAUGAAGGUGUACAAAAACCGUCAGUUUAUGAACGUGUGGACUGACCAUGAAAAGGAAAUUUUCAAAGAAAAAUUUGUUCAACAUCCUAAAAACUUUGGAUUGAUUGCCUCAUAUCUGGAAAGGAAGAAUGUUGCAGACUGUGUUUUAUAUUAUUAUUUGACCAAGAAAAAUGAACAUUAUAAGGCCCUGGUGAGAAGGAAUUAUGGAAAACGGAGAGGACGGAACCAGCAUCCAGGUCAGCAUUCCAGGCCCGACAUCCUGUUAAAGUACACAUCACAGACAGUAUGUGAUCUUAAGCAACAGAUAACACGUCCUUCCCAAGAAGAAAAGGAAAUUGAAAAGGCAGAUGAAGACAAGUCAGAAAAAAAUGAGAAAAAAGAAGACGAGAGGAGGGAGGAAGACGAGAAAGAGGACAAGGAAGAGUUUAGAGAAAACACCAAAGAGAAAAUGGAAACCGCAGCAGAGGAAAUGGAGGAAAGGGAACAGGCCACUCCCAGAGGUCGUAAAACUGCAAAUAGCCAAGGUCGGCGUAAAGGAAGAUUCACCAGAUCGAUGGCUAAUGAAGCUGCUGCAGCAAAAGCUGCAGCUGUUGCAACGCCACCUGCUUCCACUCCUUCAGCACAAGCUGCUCCGGCUCCACCACCAGAGGAACCUCAGCCUCCACCACCACCUCCACAGGAACAAACUUCGGCAGAGAACGUGGAAACCUCCCGUUGGACUGAAGAAGAAAUGGAAGUUGCUAAAAAAGGCCUGGUGGAGCAUGGUCGUAACUGGAGGGCAAUCUCCAAGAUGGUGGGAACAAAAAGUGAGUCCCAGUGUAAAAACUUCUACUUCAAUUACAAAAGGCGCCACAAUCUGGACAAUUUGCUUCAGCAGCACAGGCAGAAGUCUUCCAGGCGGCCAAGAGAGGAACGUGAUGUCUCUCAAUGUGAAAGCAUGGCUUCUACUGUGUCUGCCCAGGAAGAUGAAGAAAAUGAAGGCUCAAACGACGAGGAGAACCCUGAAGAUAGUGAAGCUGCUGAAAACAGUUCAGACACUGAAAGUGCUCCUUCACCAGUGGAAGGAGCCAAAAAUACUGAUGAAGUGCCAGAAAGAACCACUUCUGCUUUAUCAACUACAGAGUCUUGUCAGAAUCAAGACUCUGCUAACAAACCUGUCCCAAAUGCAUCCCCUUCCACUGCAGCUCAAAAUGCAAAAACCCCAGAGACUCAAUACCCAGAUCUCCAGGUGAAGGAGGAAAUAAACACUGAACCCGAGGAAGCUAUGGAACAGGAGGAGAGGAGUCAAAGUGUAGAACCUAAUCCAACUCCAAAUCUUCAUAUGCAUACCAAAGUAGAGCCUGGUGAAGCAGAUUCAAAGCUACCAGACAAUGCCCAAGUAAAAAUAGAGGAUGAUGCCAAAGAUAGAGAUCUGGAAAGGCUCAAAGAGAAAAGUGACUGUGCAAACAUGGAAUAUGUACCAGCCCAACUUCCCACACAUGUAAGGCCAGAGUCGCAGUCAGACAAUGACUCUAGUGCCACAUGUAGUGCUGAUGAGGAGGUGGAUGGGGAACCUGACCGGCAAAGGAUUUAUACUAUGGAUUCAAAGCCAUCGCUAUUGAACCCAGCUGGGUCUAUUCUGAUCCCUACCUCCAUAAAACAAGGACCAAUGGAUAUCCACCAAUUGCAACACCGUGCUGCUGUGAUACCACCUAUGGUGUCUUGUAGUCCAUGCAGUAUUCCCCCAGGAACAACUGUCCCAGCAAGCAGCUAUCCCUUAUACCAACGACAUCUUCAAUCUAUCCAUGAAAAUAACAUGCUUGAAGAACAGCGGCAAAGACAGGAACAGUUUAGCAUGGAGAGCAGGAGAUCGGUCAGCCCAGGAAACCUUUCCAAGAGUCCUAAUGUCGAAUGGGAAGGAAAAUCUGUAUAUAUGCCUUAUGCUGCUGAAGUUAAGCGGGCACUGGAACAUGAAGCACAAAUGCAAAAUGCUGCGAGAUCUGUUUCACCAUACAGGCUGUCUCCAAGAGAAGUUGGCAAAGCUUCUCCACAAGCAGAUAUGAAUCCUGUUCGUUAUUGUGUCCCUCCAGUACUACAGCCAGCUCCGCAUCAAGUCAUAACUGCCUUAUCUGAAGGGUCUCGUCUGCCAGUUACACGCCCAACCCGUCCACCUCCUCCACUCAUCCCUUCGUCCAAAUCAUCAGCAAGCUCUUCAGAGAAGCCAUCAUUCAUUGUGGGAGGCUCUAUAUCACAGGGAACACCUGGCACAUAUUUAACAUCUCUCAGCCAGCAGCCCUAUAGUCAAGAACCAGUUAAGCCUUCUGUAGGCUCCAUCUCGCUUGGAAUACCAAGGCAACAGGAAUCUGCUAAAGCUGGUUCUAUAGCGUAUAUCAAACAGGAAGAGUUCUCUCCAAGGGGUCAGAGUUCACAGCCAGAAGGACUCCUAGUUAGGGCACAGCAUGAGGGUGUUGUCAGAGGCACUAUUUCUGCACUUCAGGAAGGAAGCAUCACUAGAGGCACUCCAGCCACCAAACUGCCAAUGGAAGGCAUUUCCACCAUUCGAGGGUCCAUUACUCAGGGUACACCGGCUCUCACGCAGUCUGGUAUAGCUGCAGACGUCUUGCUAAAGACAACCAUCACCAGACUGGCUACAGAAGAUAUAAACAACCCAGAGAAGUGUAGGGAAGAAUCCUCUGCUAAGGGCCAUGUAAUCUACGAAGGAAAGAGUGGACACAUUGUAUCAUAUGAUAAAAGCAGUGAUUACACCGCUGACCAUCAUUUUGCAGCCAUCAAGAAUAUGCGUGAAGGUACUAGGAGUCCAAGAACGGUCUCUGAGGCAACUCUAAAGAGAACAUUUGAUGCUAUGGAAGGAAACAUUAAGCAGAAUUUGUCUGUGAGAGAAUCUGCUGUAUCAGCACCCCUGGAAGGAUUGAUUUGUCGCACGCUGCCCAAGGGAAGUCCUCAUGCAGAGCUCAAGGAGAGACAAGUUGUGACAGGUUCAAUCAUGCAAGGUACCCCAAGAGCAGCAUCUGAAAACUUUGAAGAAGGUCUUAAGUAUGCAAAGCAAAUAAAACGUGAAAGUCCUCCCAUAAGAUCGUUUGAAGGAGCCAUCACUAAGGGAAAACCUUAUGAUGGUGUAACUACUAUCAAAGAGAUGGGUCGUUCCAUUCAUGAAAUCCCAAGGCAAGAUCUUAUGGGUCAAGAGCAUCGUAAAACUCCUGAAAGUUCAAGGACGAUAAUGGAAGGGUCAAUUUCACAGGGCACACCAAUAAAAUAUGAAAGUACAUCUGGUCAAACUACUAUUAAACACAAUGUGAAGUCCUUGAUCACAGGACCCAGCAAGCUUCCACGGGGUGUAUCUCAAAUGGAUAUGAUGCCAGAGAAUUUAAAGGUGGUGGAGCGCUCAAAAUAUGAAGAUCCCAAAUCAUCUGAUGCCAUCCGAUCACGUCAUACGUCCGUAGUCAGCUCUGGUACAUCUGUGCUUAGAUCUACCCUCCAUGAAUCCACAAAAUCUCAGUUAAGUCCAGGGAUUUACGAAGAUGCCAGUGCCAGGAGGACCCCAGUCAACUACCCUAGUCCAAUGUCCAGAAGCUCACCAAUGUCACGAUCGUCGGAAGGUGGGCAUACACCAGGGAAGUCUUCCAGUCAUGAGAGAAAAAGCACACUGACUCCCACUCAAAGAGAGAAUAUUGUUGUCAAGUCCCCAGUUCCUGGUGUUGACCCGUCAGCAGCACACAGUCCCUUUGACCCCCACCUCCGCGGUGCUACAACUGGUGAAGCUUACAGAGCUCAUCUACCACCUCAUCUGGAUCCUUCUCUGCAGUACCACAGGGCUUUAGAUCCUGCUGCUGCAGCUUACUUGUUUCAUAGGCAGCUGUCACCCACUCCUGGUUACCCAAGCCAGUACCAGUUAUAUGCCAUGGAGAACACACGCCAAACCAUCUUAAAUGACUACAUCACCUCACAGCAAAUGCAGGUCAAUUUAAGACCAGACAUUGGCAGAGGACUUUCCCCCAGAGACCAGGGAUUAGCAAUUCCGUACCCAGGACCAAGAGGGAUUAUUGACCUGACAAACAUGCCUCCAGCUAUCUUGGUCCCCCAUCAAGGCGGUACAAGUACUCCACCAAUGGACAGAAUCACGUACAUACCAGGAACCCAACUAGCUUUCCCUCCCAGGCCUUACAACCCUGCUUCCAUGUCUCCAGGACAUCCAGCUCAUUUAGCAGCUGCAAGUUCAGCUAGUGUUGAACGGGAGAGAGAGCGUGAAAGAGAUCGGGAACGAGAGAAGGAACAACGGGAAAGGGAACGGGAUCGAGAGAGAGAGCGAGAGAGACAUGCUAUGGCUGCGGCUAAUGCAGCCACACAAAAUGAACAUUAUCUGCGUACUGUGACAGAGCAGCCUGGCAGGCCGAGUAGCCAUGGCUAUGUUCGUUCGCCCUCACCAUCUGUCAGAGCCCAGGAGAGUAUGAUACAGCAAAGACCAAGUAUAUUCCAAGGAACAAAUGGUAAAAGUGUCAUUACACCUUUGGAUCCUUCUCAGCUGCGGAUCAUGCCUCUAACUCCUGGAGGACCCUCAAUAACACAGGGUACACCUUCUUCCCGUUAUAACACGGCUGCAGAUGCAUUAGCAGCACUAGUAGAUGCAGCAGCCUCCGCUCCUCAGAUGGAAGUUGGCAAGUCAAAGGAAAGCAAGCAUGAUGCAUCCCGGUCAGAAGAGAACAUGGCAAGGAGAGUGGCCCUAGAACAACAGCAGCAGCAGCAGCAGCAGCAGCAACAUCAAAUGGAGUCUGAGCGUAGAAUGAUGCAAAGCCCCUAUACUUCUUCUAGCUAUUCUAGCAGCAAGUCACAAGGCCAGUCUGCGCCUGCUGUUUAUUCAGAAGCAGGAAAAGAUAAAGCAGCACACACUAAAUUACGCUAUGUUGAGGAAUUAAGGACGAAAGGAAAGACCACUAUUACAGCAGCCAAUUUUAUUGAUGUCAUCAUUACUCAGCAGAUCGCGUCUGAUAAAGAUGCCAGAGAGCGAAAUUCACAGAGCUCUGAUUCCUCCAGUAACUUAUCGUCCCAUCGCUAUGAAGCUCCAAGAGAGACCAUAGAAGUGAUAAGCCCAGCAAACUCUCCAGCUCUAGUUCAAGAAAAAGAGUCCUAUCCACAGGAGGUCCCAAAAUCAAGCCAGUCUGAAAACGAUGGUGCAAGACAAUAUGAAGGACAAGGACAAGCCAGUCGAUAUCGGCCACAGCAAGAGUCUCCCUCUCCGCAGCAGCCUGUUCAACAAACACAUCGGCUUAUUACAUUAGCUGAUCACAUCUGCCAUAUUAUAACACAAGACUUUGCCAGGAAUCAGUCAGCAGCACAGGCUGCACAGCAGCCCCCCACAUCAACAUUCCAAAGCACAGCCCCACCAUCAGCUCCUGUUCGAUCCAAGCCAUCCAACAGGUUCAGCCCAGAGACACAGUCACAGUCUAUACACCAUCAACGACCCGCCUCAAGGGUGUCACCUGAAAACAUAUCUGACAAGCCCCGGGGAAGACCUGGCAAGUCCCCUGACAGAGGUCACAUCUCUGAGCCAUAUGAGCCUAUUUCGCCUCCACAAGCCCCAAUCAUGCAUACAAAGCAAGAUAAUAUGUUGUUACUUUCCCAAAGACCGGAACCAGCUGAACAGAGAAAUGACUCUCGCUCUCCUGGAAAUAUAAAUUAUCUGCCUUCCUUCUUCACCAAAUUGGAAAAUACUUCACCUAUGGUGAUGUUCAAGAAGCAAGAGAUUUUUCGUAAGUUAAACUCCUCUGGUGGUGGUGACUCUGACAUGGCAGCUGCUCAGCCAGGAACCGAGAUAUUUAACCUGCCAGCAGUCACUACAUCUGGUUCCAUCAGCUCUCGGAGUCAUUCCUUUGCUGAUCCUGCUAGCAACUUGGGUCUGGAGGACAUUAUUCGCAAAGCUCUAAUGGGCAAUUUUGAUGAUAAAUCAGAGGAUCAUGGAGUGUUGAUGGGAGUUGCUCAAGGAAACUCUUCAGGAUCUUCUAACAAUGAGUCUCGCAGAGAAGAUGCAAACCCUUCACCCAACUCAGGCGGAGGAAACACCAAGCAAAAGUUGAUAAGCAAACCUGGCAGCCGCAAAACGAAGUCCCCCAUUUCUGGCAGUCAGGCAUACAUGGGGGCUGAACGGCCCUCUUCUGUCUCCUCAGUUCAUUCAGAAGGAGAUUACAGGCAGGCACCAGCAUGGGCCUGGGAAGACAGACCUUCUUCCACAGGUUCUACCCAGUUUCCAUACAAUCCCCUGACUAUGGGAAUGCUGAGCAACACCCCUCCGUCUUCUAUGUCAUGUGCACCACCCUCCAUGACUCAAAGUACUGGUCACCAGCAGAGCCGGAUGUGGGAACGAGAGCCAGCACCUCUCCUGUCCUCCCAGUAUGAAACCCUCUCAGACAGUGACGAAUGAAACUAUUUGGACAUUGCAGAGAAUAUAUGAUGGUGUGUGUAUAUAUAAGGAUUCCAACAGCAUACUCUCGAUUCUUAGCCUAAAAGACUUUUCCUAAAGCAUACCUCAGGCUGGGGAAAAAAAUGGACACCUUCCAACACAGGGAUUUAAAAGCCGUGUAUAUUAUAGAAGUGUAUUGGCCUGCAUUGCCCAGGCCUAUUGGCAGAAUGUAAUUAAUACAGAGCUGAUGUUCUACAUUAAAUAUGUAAAGAUGUUUUAAAGAGAUAAGUGGACAGUUGGACAAAUUACCAAUUUACAGCUAUUUGUAAAGAAAACCUUUAACGUCUUUAAUUCAUUAUUUUUGUAAAUAUUUGCAGUGGUUUAUUUUUCCCUUUUGCUAUAGUAUCUGGUGUAUGUAUGUUUUAAAUGAUGCAUCGGCCCAUGAGACACUUUUUUUGUCAUUUUCUUUUUUCUUCAAGUGUUAAACUUUUCCCAAGCUUGCCUCCUUCACGCUUUUGGUGGCAAAGGGGCACAAAAUGUACUCCAUUUCACAAAUUGCCCCUCUGCCACUCAAAGGCUUAACACUGUCAGUGCAAGAGCAGCAAGCAAAGCAUUGUUUGCCCCUCUGGCUCUAACAGAGUUAAUGGCAUAGUGCCACAACUAUUUAACCCGCACCUUACGAUGGUAGGUCUAGCUCAGAUUAAAGGCUGCCAUUUUCUGUUUAGUGUAAGAAAAAAGAUCCUUCUGAGCCACCAAUGACUAUACUUUAAAAAAAAAAAAAAAAAAGUAGAGGAAGUAUCCUCUUUUUAAAGCCUUGAGUUUCAGCACCUAAAAUUUGAGACAUUGCCUCAUUUUCCCUUUACAGUACAAGGUUUUUAAUAUUCCUUUUAAUGAAAUUUUAAAGUAUGAACGAAGCUUUGCUGCACUAACAAUGACCAUUGCAAACUUGUGUCUGUGAAUUUUAGGUUCUGGGUGGUUUUAUCCUCUGCAGGAAUAUAUUCCCCAGGGAAAAUAAUAGAUAUAUGUGUAUAGGCAGAAUUGUCACCAAUCUUAAAAUUGACAGGUUGGUACUAUAGAUGCUUUUUCUCUUUCUCUCUUUCUCUCUCUCUUUUUUUUUUUGUCUUCUUCACAGCUUCAAUUAAUUCUAUACUUAAAUUGUAAUAAAACUGGUUUCCUGCAGAAAAAAA